AUGGCUGCACCCAUCACCACAGUCUCCGACUCGAAGGAGCGGCAGGGACUGAAUCUCAUCGCGGCGCACUCACAUGUCCGAGGUCUGGGUCUCACGCCCGACACUCUCACACCGAAGCCGUCAGCGGGUGGUCUGGUGGGCCAGCAGCAGGCGCGAAAGGCUGCUGGUGUAAUUCUCCAAAUGGUCAAGGAAGGCAAAAUCGCUGGUCGCGCCGUACUCAUCUCUGGACCUCCGAGCACGGGAAAGACUGCGAUUGCAAUAGGGCUGAGUAAAGAGUUGGGCGAGGAUGUACCUUUUACGGCGCUGGCAUCAUCAGAAAUCUUCAGCAUGGAGAUGAGCAAAACGGAAGCGCUAGAGCAAGCAUUCCGCAAGUCCAUUGCGGUACGGAUACGAGAAGAGAGCGAGGUCAUUGAGGGAGAGGUAGUGGAGAUCCAGAUUGACAGAUCUGUCACAGGAAACAACAAGAGCGGCAAGCUGACGCUCAAGACCACGGACAUGGAGACACUGUACGAUAUGGGAACUCGCAUGAUCGAUAGCAUGACCAAGGAGAAGGUCAUGGCAGGCGACAUCAUUAGCAUUGACAAAGCUAGCGGCCGAAUUACCAAGCUGGGAAGGAGCUACACCAGAAGUCGCGACUACGACGCAGUAGGGUCCGAUGCCAAAUUCAUCCAAUGUCCUGAUGGUGAGCUGCAAGUGCGUCGAGAAACCGUGCACACUGUAUCACUUCACGAGAUAGACGUGAUCAACAGCCGGACGCAAGGCUUUCUGGCACUCUUCUCUGGCGACACUGGCGAGAUCAGAUCCGAAGUCCGCGAGCAAAUCAACACAAAGGUGGCAGAAUGGAAGGAAGAGGGCAAAGCUGAGAUUGUGCCCGGUGUACUGUUCAUCGACGAGGUGCACAUGCUUGACAUUGAGUGUUUCAGCUUCAUCAACCGUGCUCUCGAGGACGAAUUGGCACCGAUCAUUAUCAUGGCUUCGAAUCGUGGCACGACGACCAUCCGAGGCACAAACUACCGAAGUCCCCACGGCCUCCCACUCGACUUCCUGGAUCGCGUAGUCAUCAUCUCAACACAACCAUACCAAGAUCACGAAAUUCGAGACAUCCUGCAACUGCGAGCAUUAGAAGAAGACAUUGACAUUUCCGCCGACGCCAUGGCCUUACUCACCAAAAUUGGCUCCGAAACUGGUCUCCGAUACGCAAGCAAUCUCAUCACGACAUCGAAUCUGCUAGCGCAGAAACGCAAAGCCAAGGAGGUCGAAGUGAACGAUGUCUCGCGCUCCUAUCAGCUCUUCUACGAUCCUACCCGAAGUGUCAAGUUUGUGACGGAAUUUGAAACGAGAUUGAUUGGUGAAGAUGGAGGAGUCACUCUCGGCGCCAGUGCGAAUGGAGUCAGCAAUGGUGAUGCUAUGGAAGUCUCAUGA